AUGGCUGCCGAGAUGACCUACGGAGCUGCUUCUUCUUCUUUUUCUUCUUCCUCCCGUCAGUGGAAGUAUGAUGUCUUUUUGAGUUUUUGUGGUCAGGACACUCGCACCCACUUCAUUGAUUACCUCUUUAACUGGUUGCAUCGGGAUGGGAUUCACACCUUUAGAGAUGACAAUUGGCUAACCAGAGGAGAGAAUAUAUCUUCAGAACUGAUGGAAGCAAUAGAAGGUUCUAGGAUUGCAAUUAUUGUCUUCUCUGAGAAUUAUGCUUCUUCCACCUGGUGCCUUGAUGAGCUGGUGAAGAUCAUCGAAUGCAAGAAAGAUGGGCGACUAGAAAAGGUUCUGCCUGUUUUCUUCAAGGUGGAACCAUCGGAUGUAAGGCAUCAGCGAAACACUUAUGAGAAGGCAUUUAAGGAACACGAAGAGAGUUUCAAGAAUGAGACAGAGAAGGUGAACAGGUGGAGGGUUGCUCUCAAAGAAGCUGCGGAUUUGUCAGGGUGGGAUCAAGAAAAGAUUGCAAAUGGGCAUGAGGCGGAGCUUAUAAAAGAAAUCGGUGAAGAAGUGUUGACAAUAGUGAAGCCCAAAUGCUUGGAAGUUGCAGAGCAUCCAAUUGGGUUAGAGUCCCACAUUUACCGCAUAGUUUGUUUGUUAAAUGAUGGCAAAUCGGAUGUGAGUCGCAUCAUUGGGAUAUAUGGACUUGGUGGAAUAGGUAAGACAACUAUAGCGAAGGCCGUUUUUAAAAUCAUGCUUAGAAAUUUUGAAGGCAGUGUCUUUCUUGCUAAUGUUAGAGAGGGCUCAAAACAAAAGGGUUUAGCUUUCUUACAAGAACAACUUCUCUUUGGUGUCUUGAAGAGAAAAGAAGAGAGAACAAUUUACAAUGAAGAUGAAGGAAUCAAUAUUAUCAAAGGACGUCUAUCAUGUAAAAGAGUUCUUAUUGUUCUUGACGAUGUGGAAGAAACGAAUCAAUUCUAUAAAUUGGUUGGAGGGCAUAAUUGUUUUGGUCCAGGAAGUCGAAUCAUCCUAACAACUAAAAAUAAACAUUUGCUAGAUAGCCUGGAUGUGAAUGAAAAACAUCAAUAUAGAGUGGAGACAAUGAAUCAAAAUGAAUUCCUUCCACUUUUUAGUCUCCAUGCCUUUCGUCAAAAUCAUCCAUCAGAAGAUUAUCAGCAGCUCUCAAAUGAGGUAAUACAUUAUGCUGGGGGCCUUCCAUUAGCUCUUGUGGUUUUGGGUUCUCUUCUAUACAAUAGAAAUAAAGUUCUGUGGGAAAGGGAAUUGAAGAAUUUAAGAAAUAUACCCAAUAACAAGAUUUUUGAUAUACUUGAAAUAAGAUAUAAUGCAUUACAUGAAGAUGACCAGACCAUAUUCCUUGAUAUAUCAUGCUUUUUCAUUGGAUGGAACAAAAAUGAUGUAAUUAAAAUUUUAGAUGCUUGUGAUCUGGGCGGAGAAGCUGGAAUUGAACUUCUCACAGAGAGGUCUUUGGUUACAAUUGAUGAACACAACUGCUUACAUAUGCAUGAUCUCAUUCAAGAAAUGGGAAGGCAAAUUGUUCGCAAACAGUCUCCUAAGAAGCCUAGAGGUCGUAGUAGAUUGUGGAAUAACGAUGAUGCCAUUGAUGUAUUGAAAUACCUCAAUGGAAUUGAUGCAGUUGAAGUCCUUCGAUUAGACUUGACUCAAUAUAAUGUGAAAGAGUCUGGCAUGUUGAACACUUUAGGAUUUUCUGAAAUGCCUAAUCUAAGAAUACUUGACAUUCAUUGUUUUUCCGGAAUAGAUAGAACUGUUGAUGGUGCAACAUUCUUCAUUGAUACAGACUUGGAACAUUCUUUUCAGGAGGGGAAUUUUUGUUUUGGAAAGUUACUUUGGUUUAAAUGGAUAGAAUUUCCCUUCGAAUUUAUACCAAAUCAUUUUCAUCUGGGGAAGCUUGUUAUUCUUCACAUGCCACAGAGCAACCUCAAAGAAGUUUGGAAGGAAACUAAGCAUCUCCCAAAGUUGAAGGAACUCGAUCUCAGUUGUUCUUCCUACUUAACCCGUACACCGAACUUCGCAGGGCUCCCAAAUCUUGAGAAACUGAAUCUCAGUAGUUGUGAAUCUUCCGAGCGGUAUUAG